CUCUCUCUGAUUUUGCAUACCCCGCACCAUGUCUCGUGUUCCGGCUGCCAAGCGAAGAAGACUCUCGCCGCCAGAAGAUGGAGAGCCCGCGAACGGAACGACGGUCGAUCACAAAGCAUCGUUUAUGAAGAAUGCCGCGAAAUGGGAUCUUGAGCAGGACUACGAAACGCGGCCGCGCAAACUGAAGAAACAGAAGGAGAACAAGAAAUUGCCCGUCAGGACAACCGAAGGCUGGGUCGCGCCGGAGCCUACUGCGCAGGACGUUAAAGAGGAAGACGACUCGGACAGUUUUCUGGGCACCGGAAGCGAGAAUGAAGGGGACGAUGCCGCUGAGGAUGACGAGGAUGAGGAGGUCGAGGAGCAGAAGCCAAAGAUACCUGCGCGACAACAGAUACUAGAGGCCAAGGAAGAGCUUGCUCGGAUAGCAAGUCUAAUCAACGAGGAUCCAGAGGAACACAUUUCAGCGCUGAAGACAUUGCAAGCGCUUGCAGACUCGGAAAACUUCACGGUCAAAAAAUUGGCAUUGGCGACGCAGGUCUCGAUAUUCAAGGACAUCAUCCCCGGCUACAGAAUACGGCCGCUAUCGGAAGAAAAGAUGCAGGAGAAGAUCUCAAAGGAAGUCAAGAAGCUACGCCAAUUCGAGCAGAAGCUCGUGUCGGGAUAUGAGACGUAUGUCAAGCAUCUGGCGAAACUGGCAAAGUCGAGCGGGUCGGACAAGGAGCAGGUUGCGAGCCUGGCAUCGGUGGCCGUGAGCUGCGCAUGCAACCUGCUCAAUUCGGUGCCACACUUCAACUUUCGCAGUGAGCUUCUCAAGAUCAUGGUCGGCAAGCUGAGUACAAGGAAAGUCGAUGGCGAUUUUGUGCGGUGUAGAGAGGCCCUGGAGACGCUGUUUGAGAAUGACGAGGAUGGCAAUGCUUCAUUAGAGGGUGUUACCAUGUUGACCAAGAUGAUGAAGAGCCGGAAUUACCACUUUGACGAGAGUGUUCUCAACACGUUUUUGCAUCUUCGUUUGCUGUCCGAGUUUGCGCAAAAGGCUUCAUACCAUUCUGUUGAUAAGGCCGAAGAGCCUACCGUCAACGGCAAAAGGCUGAAGCAGAAGCGCGAAUUCAGGACCAAGAGACUGCGGAAAGAGUUGAAGGAGAAAAAGGCAAUCGAAAAGGAGUUCAAGGAGGCCGAUGCUGCUGUUAGUCACGAGGAGCGCGACCGGAUGCAGGCCGAGACACUCAAGAUGGUCUUUGUGGCAUACUUCAGGAUUCUCAAGGCGCGCUCAGCGAAGCUCAUGGGUGCCGUACUGGAAGGACUGGCACGAUACGCACAUCUGAUCAACCAGGACUUCUUUGGUGAUAUCCUGGAGGCCCUACGAGACAUCAUCGCGACAGCUGAACUUACAGCAGCCGCCGCGGCUGAAGACGACGACGCUUCUGAUGAAGAGGACGACAACGAGAUGCCAGAGCGCAAUCUUACGCGCGAAUCCCUCCUUUGCGUCAUCACAGCUUUCGCCCUUCUUGAAGGCCAAGAAGGUGCGAAAACAGCAUCAGCUCUCAAACUUGACCUCAGCUAUUUCAUCACCCAUCUCUACCGUACACUACACCCUGUUGCGCUGAAUCCGGACAUUGAACUCAGCUCGAAAUCACUGCACCUGGCUGACCCCAACGUCGGAACAUCACAUGCCGACACGGUCAAAAUCAAUGUCCAAACCACCAUUGUCCUGUUGAUCCGCUCGCUUUCUUCGGUCCUCCUACCCGUCACUUCGAUCCGCGCCGUCCCCCCUCUUCGCGUCGCGGCCUUUGCAAAGCAACUCAUGACCAUCUCCAUGCACCUACCCGAGAAAUCCUGCACCGCCAUGCUCGGCCUCCUGAACCGCGUCACAAAGACGCACGGAAAGAAAGUAGCUCCGCUGUGGAACACCGAAGAAAGGCGCGGCGACGGCGUGUUUGAUCCGCUCAAACCGGAAAUCGAGGGCAGCAACCCGUUCGCCGGCACCGUCUGGGAAGGCGAGAUUCUCAGAAAACACUUUGCGCCCAACGUGCGCGAGGCGCUGGGUGGCGUGGAGCGCAAUGUGCUGGAGGCGAGUAAGUAAGGGCUGUUAACGGUUUUUUUUAAAGCGGAAUAUCAAAUGUGCAAGAUGGUGGAGGGCGUGAAGCAGUGAAAAGAAAACCCCCCACCUUAGUAGAAAAGGAAAUGGGUGGAAUGUUGGAUUGAGUAGAACGUGUGUGAAUAUGAGCAAUGUCG